GCCCAUGGCAAGUCGCACGGAAGGUCCCGACUGCCGCCCGGCCCCGUCCGUGGGGCCCCAAAGACCCUGUUCAGUCAUUCCCGGCGGCAGAAAUGUAGAUGGCUGCUGCCUGUGAAGGACUCGCACUCAUCUGACCCUGCACAGAGCCUCCGAUUGCUACCAUGAUCCUCUGCAUGCUGCUGUUGGCCUCACUGCCUGAGCCGUCUGGCACAGAAGUCAACCCUGCCAUAUGCCGUUAUCCUUUGGGCAUGCAUGAAGGAACGAUACGGGAUGAAGAUAUCACUGCUUCCAGUCAGUGGUAUGAUUCCACAGGACCUCAGUAUGCACGGUUACAAAGGGAAGAGGGGGAUGGAGCUUGGUGCCCGGCUGGCUUGUUGCAGCCAGAAGAUGUGCAGUUCCUCCAAAUUGACCUGCACAAGCUCUUUUUCAUCACCUUGAUUGGGACUCAGGGACGGCACGCCCGUGCCACAGGCAAAGAAUUUGCCCGUGCUUACCGAAUUGACUACAGCCGCAAUGGAGAGCGCUGGGUCUCCUGGAAAGAUCGUCAAGGCAGGCAGGUGAUCCAAGGCAACAUUGAUACGUAUGAUGUGGUCUUGAAAGAUCUUCGGCCUCCCAUCAUUGCUCGUUUUAUCCGGGUGAUUCCUGUGACAGAGUUGCCAAUGACUGUCUGUAUGAGGGUUGAGCUCUAUGGCUGCGUCUGGUAUGAUGGUUUGGCAUCCUAUAGCAUCCCUGAAGGAGGGACAAUAGCGGCUCCUGGCUUCCCCAUCGUUUAUCUGAAUGACUCGACCUAUGAUGGCUACCAUGAGCGCAGGCACUUGUAUGGAGGCCUGGGCCAGCUGACGGACGGCGUGCUGGGACUGGAUGAUUUCACCCAGAGCCACCAGUACCGUGUGUGGCCAGGCUAUGACUACGUCGGCUGGAAAAAUGAGAGCUUUAGCACAGGCGCUGUUGAAAUGGAGUUUCAGUUUGACCGACCGAGGAACUUCACCUCCAUGAAGGUGCAUUGUAACAACAUGUUUUCUAAGGGAGUGAAGAUCUUCCAGAAGGUGGAGUGUUUGUUCAAACCUCGCCUGAUUGCAGACUGGGAGUCUGAACCUGUUGGAGUGGCAACUGUCUUAGAUGACAAAAACCCCAGUGCAAGGUUUGUGACUGUCCCCCUCAAUCAGCGUGUGGGUAAAGCCAUACUUUGCCGCUUCUACUUUGCCGACUCCUGGAUGAUGAUGAGUGAGAUUUCCUUCCAGUCUGACAUGGAGAGUGUCAAUCCUAUUUUGGUGACAGUAGCCCCAAGCACAACGGAACUCCUGGAAGCAGAAUACAACAUCACUGAGGGGACCUGGGAAACCACAUCUUCUGUAACCAGCACCUGGAUAGGAGAGAAAGCAGAUGACUCUAAUACCUCCAUCCUUGUGGGCUGCCUUGUGGCUAUUAUUCUUCUGCUCUUGAUGAUUAUAAUCAUCAUUCUUUGGAAGCAGUAUGUUCAAAAAAGGUUGGAAAAGGCCCCGCGCCGAAUCCUGGAGGAGGAUGCCACAGUUCGUCUCUCCUUCUACAGCUACACUAUUGCCAACAACCAGACCCAGAUCCACCAGUCAAAUCCCACCUAUGAACGUGCUUUCCCACUGGAUUUGGAAUAUCAUCAGCCAACUACACUGCUCCACAAGCUUCCGGAGCUCUCACAAAGUGCGGAGGAUUCAGUGUGCAGUGGGGACUAUGCUGAGCCUGACCUGACCAAGUCCACUCCUCACCAAGGCUUCCAGAACAACGUGCCUCACUACGCUGAAACAGAUAUUGUCCACCUGCAAGGUGUGACAGGCAACAAUAUGUAUGCAGUGCCAGCUCUCACUGUGGAUUCACUCACCAAGAAGGACAUCUCAGUAGGUGAAUUCCCGCGGCAACAGCUUCGACUCAAGGAGAAGCUGGGAGAAGGCCAAUUUGGAGAGGUGCACCUAUGUGAAGCCGAUGGCCUGCUAGAAUUUCUGGGAGUCUCUUCCACAGAAUUCACCCGCCAACCAGUUCUAGUAGCAGUUAAAAUGCUAAGAUCAGAUGUCAACAAAACAGCCAGAAAUGAUUUCCUGAAGGAGAUCAAGAUCAUGUCGCGGCUGAAAAACCCAAACAUCAUCCGGCUCCUGGGUGUGUGCGUGCGUGAUGACCCACUGUGCAUGAUAACAGAGUACAUGGAAAAUGGUGACCUCAAUCAGUUCCUGUCGCAAAGGGAGAUCUACAGCAAAUUUGCUGUUUCGAACAACAUUCCCUGUGUCAGCUACUCUAACCUGCUGUACAUGGCCACCCAGAUUGCCUCAGGAAUGAAGUAUUUAGCAUCUCUGAAUUUUGUGCACAGAGAUCUGGCCACACGCAACUGCUUAGUGGGAAACAACUACACCAUCAAGAUUGCAGACUUUGGCAUGAGCAGGAACCUUUACAGUGGGGAUUACUACCGUAUCCAAGGGAGAGCUGUACUGCCAAUACGUUGGAUGGCUUGGGAAAGCAUCCUUCUGGGCAAGUUCACCACAGCCAGUGACGUCUGGGCAUUCGGGGUCACCCUCUGGGAGAUGUUCGUACUGUGUAAGGAGCAACCUUACAGCCUUCUCUCAGAUGAGCAGGUCAUUGAGAACACAGGUGAAUUUUUCCGGAGCCAGGGCAGGCAGAUCUAUCUCUCCCAGACUCCUCUGUGUCCUAAUCCUGUGUUUGACCUGAUGCUGAAGUGCUGGAGCAGGGAUAUAAAAGAUCGUCCCACUUUUGACAUGAUUCACCACUUCCUGCUAGAACAGAUGGAAUCAAAUAUUUGACUCGAGAAAAGGAGACAAACUGUGGAGAACUGAGUGACUUUGGUAUCUCUCUUUGCCUGUACCUCAUGGGAAGACGGUCAGGCUGCCUUGCUCUCCUCCCUUGACUGUAAUAUUUAAGUUGAGACGUCCAUGGCAGCUGCUCAUUCUAUUGGCCAUGGUCUGACACACAGGACCAGAGGAUCUCAUUUGGUUGAAAAAUCAUCUCCUCUUCUGAAUCAUUUCCUGGGAAUACUGUGAGAGGGAUUUUAUUAGAUGCCCAUACACCUUUGGGCAAAAUGAAUGAGUAAAACUUUGCAAGGGACUUGGAGCUCUCUCCUGAAUGGAAUAGAAAGUUACCGGUGGAUUUGGGAGUUAAGAUUCAAGAAAAGAUUUGUAGAAGCAGUCUUCUAAAACUAUUCCAUUAAAUCAAAUGGAAGUCUUGUGCACAUUAGCAAGUAUUUCAGUAUGCUCUUGCUGCAGACAAUUAUAGUGAGAAACUAGAAAUGACUAGAACUAGGAAAUGGUUUAACAGACUUGAGAACUGGCAGAGCUGGAUUUAGCAAACCUUUGGAAAUAAUUUUACAAGGGUCUACGGAGGAUGCAGAUAGAGUCCAAGAUAGUGUUCUUUUUUUCCUGUGGUUGUUAAGCACUGCUUUGGUUAUAUAUGUGCAUUUUCCCCACACUGGAUUUUUUUCUAAAAAAAGAAAAAAAAUGAAUGUUAAAGGUCACCAGAGGGUUGCUACAGUAGAUCUUCUUUUGACCUACAAAUAAAGACUAGGGUAGGGAGUUUGUAUUGAAAAGUAGCUGAUACUGUACUACUGUCACUAUGUAGAUUUAUUAGCCUAAUGAACUUGUAGCCACAACGGACUGAUGUGCAAUUAAUCCUGUAUAAGUACCCAUUAAUAUGAGACCUCUAAGUCAAUGCUGUUACAUGUGCAGAGGGAACUUGCCUUCGGUGAAACCGAAUGGCUGAGAGCAGAACUCACUAUGUCACUUGUCAUAGCUCGUGGGAGAGGAAAAGGAACAGGGUACGUAUUGCCCCCCAGCCCACGUGCGUGUACACACACAAAAGCACGCGCACACACACACACACACACACACACACACACACACACACUCUCCCUCCCUCCCUCCCUCCCUCCCUCCCUCCCUCCCUCCUGGCAUUGGUGGUUCCCCUUCAGGUCUGCAGGACUUCCAGGGGGGCCGGUUGAGCUCUGUCAGCCAGGCAGAUGCACUGCACUUCGGCCCAGGCUCCUCUGUGGCUGUGAUCAAACCUGGCCUCGGGAGGUGGGACUGUCGUAGCCCCUUAUUCUGAUCAGGGUGGGCUUGCAUGUUAUUUCGGAUGCUUUCUGCUCAGAUGAGACAAUUUAUUCGUUGAAGCGGGGUUGUUUUUUGUUUCGGUUACGUCACAAGCGGCUCAUUCUGCAGAGGUUUUACAGGGCUCUGAAACCCAUUUGGCGUGAGUUAGAGAAUUCAGCUUGUUCCCACAGUAAAUCCAUUGUGGAUUUGUCGGGUGCCUGGGGAAUACUCUGCUAUACUGUCCCUAAUUAUAUAACAAGAUGCUCUAGGACAAAAUCAAAUAUUUUAUAAGCUGGGAAAAGGUGAGAGUUCAGCACUUGGCUUUUGAAACAGCAUUCAGUGUAGUGUAUAUAUUGGGUAAAGCUUGUAAAGAUUAAUUUUUAUUUUAGCCACAAGCAUAGUGUGAAUGGCUGUCUGUGCUAGGAGCUCUGUAUGGGGACACUGCUGAGAGAAGGAAUGUUGAACCAGUUAUAAUAAGGUAAUUAAGACAGUUACAUUCAAAGAAAAAACUGUUUCUGAAUUGGCAGGCGCCAGGACCGUGUGUAUUAUGUCCAUUUCUGCUCUCCAAGCAGAACAAAUUCUGUAAUGAAGUUGCCCAGUUGCAUUUCACUCGUGUAUGACUCUAUCCAUGUUGUCAUGUUCAAGAGCUGAUGUGGGAUUCGUCUAACUGUAUGAAGGUGUCGCCAUCUGAGCUGGUCUUCUGAGCUCCCUUUACCAGAUAAAGAGCCCGAGAGUACAAGUCAUCUCAUCCCCAUGGGAGAGCUACACUGUGUCAGGUGAAUCUCACCUGAAAAUAGGUAUUUUUCACUUGUGACUCGAAGGGGCCCUGGGUGACUCACUGCAGCACGUGUGUGCUGCAACAUCUGAAGCUGAGUGAGAGGAGUCGAAGCCAGCAGUGGUUCCUGCUGCAGGCUGUGGCUGCCUAUGUGACGUGAUGCGCUGGUGACUGGCUAACCACAUGUUGGUUUUAUUUCUGGAAUCUUUCCAUCAUGUCUUAUAAAAGGUACCUGAGUAAUACACAGCUGUGUGAGUGAUCUCCUGUACCUCUGAGUUCAGAGAUAUCCAUGUGCUGUAACUUCACCUGGAUGGGCUUUGUACUUGUGUUGUCAGAACAUGCUGUUCCUCAAUUGAAAUGUUGACAUAAAAAGUUUCUUAUCAAUAAAUCCUAAUGAUAACCUUGACAAAA